GGGCUCGAGCGCAGCCGUGCCAGGCCGUGCGCCGUGUUGUAGGCGACGCGCCAGUCGUCCAGCGUUUCGACGACUUCGGGCAGAAGGCGUAUGGGGCAGCGAGCAUGACAGCUACUCGGGGAAUGACUCCAGCGUCGUGGUCUCUGCAGAGUGUGAUCCUGAUCGUCGCACUUUUGUCAUGGCAAAGCGCAAGCGCGGAUCUGGACACAGCUGCCAUGAGCCAGAGCCUGGAGCCCCGGCUGGUGUACCCAUUCCGGCGGUACGGAGAUGUGACGCUGCUGCCGUUCGUCAUCCCGCAGGGCACACACUCGGCCACCUGGACAUUCAAGGCCAACAUCAGCAGCCACUGCAGGCCGGACAUUGUCCACCUGUACCUGCAGUUUGGAGGGCUGCCCGUGUUGAGCCCUCUGAAUGCUUCUUUUCCGGACGACUUUGUUACCAAGCGACAGCGGCUGCGCAGCCUCCAUUUCCCUUCUGAUUCAGAGCUGCGCUUUAUCAACGUCAGCUCACCUGACCCCGGCCAGUGGUUUGCGGCAGCAUUCACGCUAGAUCAUCAUGAACGGAUUUUGCAGAAGGGCCUGUUUGCACCCUGUGAAGUGUACCUUUCAAGCUCGCUGACCCCAUACCUGCUGGAAGAGGUUGUUGACCUCCUGCCCGUCCAGGCCACUACACACCGCAUCGACAAGCCAACCUACUUCAGGUUUGCAACGUCGCGGGAGAUGUGGAGCCUGGACUUCACCCUAUCCGAGUGCAAAUUUGCAGGCAACGGCACUGCCGACUUAUGCCCGGUGAUUAUUCGUGCCACUGCCGAGGUUCCGCCCAUGCCUGAAAAUGACGGAGUUGACAUUGAGGUGUUGCGACGGACUACCACGGUUGACUGUUUAGAGAACGGAACUUGCAGCGGCACCAUGAUUCCAGCUGUGGACGCAUGGAACUACAUUCUAGUCCAGCCGACUAUAGACGAUGCUGUGGAGUUCAAAAUCCUUCUUUCCCCAUAUGACUGCAGGACAGCGCACGUGAGCCCCGCCGCCAAGAGCAGGAGGAAGGAAAACCUGGAAAUGCUGGAGAAGAUGCUCAGCGCCAAUGCAACCACACUCAGGACGGUUCUCCAGGAAUAUCUACGAGUGCCGAAAUUUUCUGAUUCCUGCUGGCCGUCGCACGAGCUUGCGCAUGUCAACAUGCCCGGGACAUUCGAGUACGGCUACCGAUUGGAUCCUGGCCCGGACGAGUCCAAUUUCACGUCUGGCUUUAACGUGAGCCUGCAUGAGCCAACGCUCAUCACAUUCCGAGUGUUUCCAGUCUUAGACUCUGGUGGAACGCUGUCGAUUAAUUUGCAUCUCAUCAGCCCAGGAAAGGACGAGCACACGCCAACCAACGUGAGCCUGCGAGCAGUGUUGGCAUAUGGGUCGCGACCUCUGCUCAAGGAGGACCAAAAGUCAUGGGAGUGGGGCAAUGAGUUCCAAGUGAACACCAGCAGUGAUGACCACUCCAGGGCAGAGCUGCACGUUCCAUUUCCAGAGUUUGGGCUCUGGUUCCUGGGCCUGUUGCCACUAUGCUAUCUCGAUGACAGUGGCAAUUCCAGUGAGCCAAACUGGGUUCCUUGCGAGAUGGAAUUGAUGCAAGUGGAACUCACCAUCAACUCCACAGCCUGCCUGAACAACAAGUGCGGUCUCUUUGGUCGCUGCUUUCAGUACAUCAGUGGAGGGAUGAUCUUCAGCAGCUGCUACUGCACAUCUGGCUACCGUGGCUGGGGGUGUACUGACGACCGGGAAGCCCGCCACUACUCGCACAUGUUGACCGAACUGCUGCUGCUGACACUCAGCAACCUGUUCUUCGUGCCUGCCGUGGCGCUGGCCUUCUACCGACGCCACUUCCUCGAGGGCCUGGUCUACCUCACCACCAUGUGUGCCUCUGCGUUAUACCAUGCCUGCGACGCGGACCUGUCACCCAUCUGCGUGCUGAGGCCAAGCGUGCUGCAGUAUUGUGACUUCCUCACAGCUGUGGUGUCGCUCUGGGUCACAUUGCUCUGCCUGGCUGAGGUCUCAAUGCCACUGCGCACCCUGGUGUCGACGUUUGGCACCCUGUGCAUCGCCAUCGCUGUUGAGAAUGAUCGCACAGGAUUCCUUGUCAUUGCUUUGCCGGCUGGCCUGGGCUUGACACUUGUGUUUGGCUCCUGGGUUAGGCAGUGUGCCACCCGAAGGAGCUGCUUCCCGCAUCCGCGCUUCUGGCUGAUAAGCCUGGCACCUGCUGCUGCACUGGGCGUUGUAGGUGCGGCGCUGUAUCUGGGAUUUGAGACACGCCGCAAUUACGCCUACGUGCAUAGUGCAUGGCACGCUCUGGUCGGCCUCUCGCUCUUCCUCGUCCUGCCCCCAAAGCGGCGGUGUCAAUUAGGUGUUGAGAAGAAAGAAUCCGUGAACACUUGCAGCUACGUUAGGGUGGAGGAACUGAGUGACAUGAUGCCAACACCAGAGCUGCCGUCAGCACAUGCACCCUUGGUGAUAUCAAGAGGCACAUGAUGAGUGGAAGAUCGUCAGUCUUUCACGGCGAAUUCAGCAGCUGCCUGGCUGCCUUGAGGACUUGUGUUCUGAAGUGAGAUUCAUAUGCAUCGCCGCAGUGCCAAUGGACAUCUAAGGCUGGCUGCAACAAUGUUGAGGCAGGACCUCGGUGUAACUUACCAUCAGCGUAAAUUGGAAUGCGAACAGGCUAAAGUAUUCUAGAGCAGGUUUCGUGCAUGAUAACAUGAAUGAGCACUGUUGUAUUUCUGUAGGUGCAUUUGCUAAAUGUUGAUUCCCUUAGCAAUGCAUUCGGAGAACAGGUGACGUCAUUAUUCUGUGUGCAGGUGAACGUAGACAUUAGAGUGCAUGUUCUAGUCUGUCCUGAUUUGCUCGCAUUUGAAGUUACGUUGAUAGUACAUGUUGGUGAGAAGAUUGUGUCAUUUGCCUGCUUACUGAAGCAUGACUGUGAAAUCAGUUAGUACACCUAAGCCAAGUUUAUGAGGAGACAAAGAGUUGUGAAGUGCUAAAGUGGUUUUAUUUUCAGUAUGUGCAUAGCCAGUGGGUUGUGUUGUGUUAGCUCGAAAUGAUAUCGACAUAUUCAUGGUAUAUUACAUGUUAUGAAAAACAUUGUUCCACAUUGCUUGUUUACUGGGGCAUGACCCCGAUAUGGGUUUGUAUACUUAAGCCAUGUUUAUGAGACAUCAUUUAGUUGUUAAGUGCUAAUGUGGUUCUAUUUGUGGCGCAUGUAUAGCUAGUGAGUUCACUGUUGUGUUUGCUCUAUAUGAGAUCAUCAACAUAGUCUGUCUGAUUGCUCAUUAGUUUUAUAAAGUGCUCGAGUAACAGCUAAGUAAUUCAUUUGCAGAUGCAUGUAGGCGAUGUAAUGUUUGCUCCAGCACAGUUGCUGGGCUUUUGCAGUGUGAUAUACAGUGUUACGCACCCAUCAGUUCCAGUCAUACUUGCCUAAUUUUGUUUUAUUCUCGAAGAAGUGAACACUUAUCUGUUUUAUAAGCUGUAGCUAAUUCUAGGAUGUCAAAUGCCUCGUUGUGUUCACCCAUUGUACACUAAAUUCAGCACAGGGUAGAAUCAUUUGUAGGACCAUGGUUCUUUAAAGUGGAUUCCAAACAAGGGAGGUUCACAGGAAGAUGGAGACUUGAAGUGAUCAACUGUGGUCGAACAAAGAUUGUUGCUGGAGACUUCAAUCCAUUCUAAAGUAAUUAGCUGUGGUCGAACAAAGAAUGUCGCUGGGUUCAAUUGUAUAGCUUAAAUACAAUAUGGGAGGUAAUCACUAAAAAAGGCUUCUACAUGACUUGCUCGUACUACAGAGAGCAGUGAAUGCAUGAAGCUAGCAUCAACCAAUGAGCAGUCAGUGAGAGCUUUGCGCAGCUUUCUUCUUGUAUAAUAGAUGGGAUGCCUCUGUGAUGACAGAAAUUUUGAUGAGCAUACAGGUUGUGCAAAGGGCGGUGCUAAUAGGUAUGUUACCGGUGACAAGAUAGCCUUCCUUGGAGGCAAUGAUGCUUUUAGUGAAAAUCAGAAAACUAGGGAAGGCACGCUGGUGCUUUGAUUCUUGUUUAUUUGUGGUGAAGACCGGUGGGACAUUAACCAUAAGUUACGGUGAACCUUUUGUGUUGGUGACUGUGAUGAUGGCAGUGCUGCUAGUGUUGAUCAUAGCUGCCAUUAGAAUUUAUGCACUAGUGUUCACAAGUGUACUGCCAUACUGCCGCAGAUUGCCAUUUUUUACGCAGUCACAAUGUCUGGCCGGCAGCCAGCCCCCGUUUCUUUACAUGAAAGCUUCAGGUGGAGUCCUACUCAGAUUUUUUUUUUUCAUUCUUGGGAAGCAUAGAGACGCUGUCUUUGGGCUAACACUGCAUUUAUUUGAAUGAAAUAUGCUGUAUUUAAAACAAUAAUUUUUACUCUGGUGAUUACAGGAAGGUCAAUUCGUGUUCGGUUCCCAAUCUUUUGUGGAUAUAUUAAGCAGGAAGUGUAAAGCUUGAGAACUGUGUGGCUGAGCAGCUAAACAGGCAUUAAAUUUCUGUAAAUUGCACCUUUUUCAGUGUUUAAAACAGAUGGUAUUGGCAUCUUGCUCUGCAACAUACUCAUAUUUUAUGAUAGGGAUACUGUAUAAUUCACGUAACAUGGCAACAAUUCGUGCAUAAUGUAAUUUAACGUUCAAUUUUGUCUGUUUUGUCCAAUUUAGCAUCACUCUAAUGUACUUCACAAAACUUCAGUUUCUAUUAGAGUUGUAAAUGUGACAUUGCAACAUCUUCAUUUCUUGUGACUUGCAAUUUUGAUAAAAGGUUGACAACAUACAUUCACUGGGCUUGAAACACUUUAUUUUAAACAACAAAAAGCUCUAUUCAAAUCUGUAGGCACUAAUGAGAGAAUUUCUGUGCUUACAUUCUAAGUGAAUGGGGAGAUCAGAGUUGGGUUAAAGCUUUAUGAAGCUGAAAGCCAUGUAAGUUGUUCUAGUUAGUGAAUAGUGAAUGGCCAUACAUUAAACAGUCAGCAGACUUUUUUUUGUAUUUGUUAAUCAGUUGGUAGCUCUUAAUUGAGGCUGCCAAGUGCCAGCUAAUUCACAUACUUUGAUGCACUCUGUUUCUUAAACGUAAUGCCUUUGUUAGAAAUGUAAUGGAAUUUGUGAAUUGGACUUAUGCCUGGAAGAGCAAGUUCUGCGUGACACUGUCAUAACUUGCUAUGAAAUUGCAUUGUUGGCUCAUUCAUUUUAUGAUUCUUCACUGUUCCAACUUUUGUCUCGUGCUUAUAUAGUGAUAUGUGGUAUGCAUUUUGCUGUGAUGUUUAUUGACUAUUUUUUUUUUUUAAUUGUUCUCACCCGUCGCAUGUACAGUGCAGUUCACCACAUGCUUGCCAUCGUUUUAAUAUUAGUUUGUGCAAUUUGUUUUGUUCUUGCCAUAUAGACAGGUCUUGCACAAAAUGAUCUCCCAGAUUUUGGCAGCAUCUUGUACUCACUAACAUAUAUGUAGGUGCUCAAAUAUGUAUAUAGGUAGGAAGACAAUCUCUCCGACACAAACUAAGUUCCAUUAGGAGGCUAAGCACCAACCCCAAGUGGGCGUCCGUGUGUGCAUCUGUGUAGGCUAGGAUACUGAGGAGAUCGUUUAUGCUAGUCCUGUAUAGUAUAGCAAUGACACCAUGCCUUUAAAUGCCAACACUGACUUUUGUCAGUUAGCUUGUAGACACAGUCGAACGCCUUUAUAGCGAAGUGCUUGGGGCCUCCGAAAUAAUUCGUUAUACAGGUCACUUCAUUGUAAAGGUCGUGUGCACCGCACAGCUCAUAAUAGAACUGGGACAGAAUUAUUCCUUCUUUAUACCGGUCAUUUUAUUGUAGGGGCGUUCGUUGUAUAGGAACUCAGCUGUAUCCCAUUUCUGAAGCAGGCCCAUGGACGCCAUGUUUUUGCAUGUGGUUUUUGAUGUAUCCUUGAUGUGACAGCUAUGGCUACAAUAUAGACUGACAGUGACUUCUUUUUUUUCUAAUUGGUUGUUUUGAUUUGAACUAUUUUAAUGACGAGUUGGAGCUGCCAUUCCACUUGGAGAUUUGUUUGAGUCGGACAUUUCCUGGGCUAUUUAUUUUUGCUACUGUGGAAUGUACAAUGGCAACACAUGGUCAUAAAUUUCAUUUUAUACUAUGGAAUCAGUGUGAUGCUUGUUUAUGAUCUUUCGAGGUUUCAUCCUCCACUGAAGGACCACUGUCUUAGAUUUUAAUGAUAGAAGUUCACUAGUUUUGUAACACUAGUUGCAUUAAAGUAUGAGAAAGUAGAACUUCAAUUUUGUGGGGGCCUUUAUGCUUCUUUCAUAAUAAACCAUUGAUGUAACAUCCUUUUACUUGAA